CCACUACCUAGACGAGCACGUCACAUGCCACCACGCCGCUUCAAGUUCCAUUGCCUUCUCCGCCACCCAUCCUCCCCUCGGCUUCCAUCCUUCUACGCUCCUUUUGCUGCUUCUCGUAUACCCCAUCUCCUACGUGAUCGCCUUCACACACUACUGCCCUGAUCAACUGACUGCUAUAGCGACGCUACCACGCAGUUGACUGAAUAUGGCCGCCGCAGAGUACUUUGGAACCCAGUCCCAUCCUCCGGGUCCGCAGCCGGGCCCGUCAUCUUACAACGGCAACUCGAACGCCCACAAUCCUCCAUAUCCACUGUCAGAUGCGCCGCCUCCAUACAGCGCGUUCGGUGACCCAAGGCGUCAUUCUCAACCGCCACCACUCGAUCGCCCGGUAGCCCUACCUGACAGCGCCAUUUAUCGCCCUGCGCCGGCGCCAGUAAAUAAUGGAUACCCUCCCGAAAAGAGCUCGAGACCACAGAAUCAGAUGGGUGAUUACAACCGACACCAGCCCCAACAACAGCAAUACGGAGGCUAUCAGCAGCCGCAACAGCCCAAUUACCCUCAGCAGCAGCAGCAGCCUCAUCUAGGCAGCUAUUACCCACCCCAAGAUGGCUCCGCAUACUAUAGAGACGAUCAAAAGCCUCCCACAACGCCUUCGUACAACCCUUCACACUCGCCAUAUCGUGAAAGCAAACGCGACCGCAGUCGCAGCAGGAGUCGAAGUAGAGGAGACAGGUAUAGACAACACCAUCAUCACCACCACCACCAUAACGACAGACCACAGCUGCCGAAGAAGAAGUCAUCAGGAGCAUCCACAUUUCUCGGAGCAGGCGGUGGCGCGAUAAUCGGCGACGCGAUUUUCCCUGGUCUAGGCACCCUGGGAGGCGCCCUGUUAGGCGGUAUAGGAGGCCACGAGUAUGGCAAGAAGAAAAGAGCAUCGAGCAAUCCCACAAGCGGUGGCGGAAGAAGACAUCGGUCCUAUAGUAAUGAUGACUUUGAUUAUGGAUCUCAUGAAUAUCGGAGAGAUGAUGAUUAUCAUAAUAAUCGACGGGGAAGGAAGUAAAUGAUAGUGGAGACGGUAAGUCACGCUUUACGACAGACAAGAUACAGCAACAACAGCGACAACAUCAAAGCAACGCUGGUCGUUGAGGGGAGGCUUCGGGAUUAAUAUUACUAGCGAAUACCCAGAGGGAGGAAAUCUGCAAUUUUAGGGGGUUUCUUUCAAAGAGAGUUCUUUUAGUCUUUAAGUUCCGAUAGCAGCUACAAUCCUUGGAAGUGAAGUCCAGUAUCCGAGGGUCACACACGCGUCUCUAGGACUCUAUGUUAUG